AUGAGAAGUGGCAAAUCAUCCCUUGUUACACUAGCUAAGAAAUGCAAGGAUAUAUUGGCUUCGAAUUGGCAAGGAAGACUUAACACCAUAAAGGCUGAUGCUAAAGGAAGCAAGGAUGAAAUAUACACUUCAGAAGUGAAAUAUUUUAUGAGGAAAGGAAACCCAUAUAUUUGGGUACCUGAAAAGGACUUGCAUAAUGUGAACACUAUUAUUGAUGAACGUGGUUCUUUUGCUGUGACCAGUCCUUUACCAGGUCUUCUUGCAAAUUUGCUAAGAUCUCUAAAAAAGCUACCAACUCGAGUUGCUCUGACCGGAGAUCUUGUGCUCCUUAAAGAUAACAAGGCUAAGUUAGCUGCAGAAUGCCUUCAGGAUACCAUACUAGCUGAUCAGAGAGCUGUUGAGGAGUCAAGCCACUCAGUUUCUGGUAUAUUAAGUUCUUCUCUUCCUUCUACAUCGAGAAGCAAAAACCUCCUGGAGUUACUUGCCGACAUUGAACAGUACACUGUGUACAAGUUCAAUCCAAGCUCAUGCACCUAUAUCUGUGGGGAUGGAGGCAAUCAUGAAGUAGACCUGGAGCAUUUUGAAGCAUCUAAAGCGGAUCCUUUGUUGCCUUUUUCUAUGAGCCUGAUUGACGGGAUUAAUCAAAAUGAAACCAGGCGCAGAUCUCUAAUUCUUUUCUGCAUCACAUUCCUCGACGAAAAUGCAAAGGAUGCUUUCCUUCUUUCGAUAGAUAGGAGCGGAUUUGAUGUACUGGCAAAAGUUUUCGGUUCAGUGAAUAAUGGCCCUCAGAUGUACCAGUGGAGGGAGUUAAGAUUCUCAUUCAAAGAAGAGGCUCGUGAUGUUGAAACAUUCUGUCAACGGCUUGUUGAGAUGGAAGAGGAAGCCCUAAAAAAUGUCUCAAGUUUCAGUGGCAUAUGA